AUGACCAUGGACUUGGCAAGUAGCUCUGCGGAAGCCGCAGCAUGGAAACACCGGAUUUCCACGAGAGGAGCGCACGGCCUACUUUACGGCGAUGUCUGGGGCCCGAGAGAAAAGUCCAUGGGAAAUCCGUGGUCGCCAACCAAUCCGGACGGGACUGUUAUCCUCCGGCUGGCCGAGAAUAGUCUGAUGCACCAGGAGAUCGGAAGUUUUAUCAAGGAGCAGGUGUGGCACUCCGACACCGGUCCCCGCGGGUCCCGCCGCCUUCGGCAUGCAGCAGCGGCAUUCUGGACAGAGGAGUUUAAGCCUUCCAUCCCCAUCGGAGUAGACAACAUCUUCGUCACUCCAGGCCUGGCAAGUGCCAUCGAUGCGUUAACCUGGGCGAUCUGCGACGAGGGAGACGGCAUACUAAUUCCGCAGCCACUUUACAAUGGGUUUGUGAUUGACGUCUUUAACCGGAGCAAGGCUAGAGUCAUUGGAAUUCCGUACAGGGGUGUUGAGGGCUAUUCGACACUUGACGAUCUCUUCGGCCCUGAGGUAAAUGAAAGGGCCGUCGAAGCUGCCAUUCGCAAGGCUAAGGAUAAUGAUAUUCGGAUCCGAGCGCUGUUGAUUUCUCAUCCUCACAAUCCGCUGGGGAGGUGUUACCCUCCCGAGACUUUGACUGCAUUCGCAUCAGUUUGUGGACAACACGGUUUGCAUUUCAUCUCCGACGAGAUUUACGCGAAGUCCGUUUUCCGUAACCUCGAUACUCCCGGCGCUGUCCAGUUCGUGUCCACGCUGUCGCUGGAUCUUGAAGGUGUCAUUGAUCCGGCCUGCCACCAUGUGCUCUACGGUGCUAGCAAGGAUUUUUGCGCCAAUGGCCUACGACUGGGCCUUGUCUAUACUCAGAAUGAAGGAAUCAUGGGCGCGCUAUCUAGUAUCAGUAUGUUUUCGUGGUCGACGCAUUUGAUUCAAGAUAUGUGGGCUGCCAUGUUCCGAGACCGACAAUGGCUGCAGAGCUUCAUGAAAAAGAAACUCGAGCUCAUGACGGAGAAUUAUAGCAUUGCAGUCUCCUUCUUCCGCGAGCAUGGUAUACCUUAUUUUGAUGCGUGA